AUGUCUGUCGAAACCAUCACGACCAUCUCUCCCUCCACGAACCGUCCCAUCCUCACCCGGACUGGGGUCACGGCGGACGAACUGCAGCGGCUUCCGCAGGUCGCCCAGGAGGCCUACCGAUCAUUCUCUCGGUCCACCACCCUCGAACAGCGCCAGGAAAUCGUCUCCCGUGCAUUGGACGUUCUGGAGAAGAAGAAAGAUGAGCUGGCACUUGAGAUAACAACCCAAAUGGGCCGACCGAUCUCCUAUACCGGUGUCGAGGUGAUGACGGCCAUCAAACGGAGCCGGUACUUGACCCGCAUCAGUAGCUCGAUCCUAGGAAAGGACGGGGUUGUCCCCGGUGAGGAAGAGAAAGGAUUCAGGCGCUAUAUCCAACGGAAACCCAUUGGGGUAGCAUUGAUCAUAUUCGCAUGGAACUACCCUUACUUGAUCCUAGUCAAUAGCUUAAUCCCGGCGAUCCUGGCAGGUAAUGCCGUGAUCUUGAAACCCUCGCCUCAGACCCCGACGAUUGUCGAACAAUUCGCGAGUGCCUUUGCAGAGGCCGGACUUCCUAAGAACGUCAUCCAGUACUUCCAUUGCGGUUCUCCGACCCUGCUCGAAACCGUGGUUCGAUCGCCGCUUGUGAAUCACAUCUGCUUUACGGGCUCAGUAGCCGGUGGCCUGGCGGUCCAGAGGGCCGCAUCGGAUCGAAUCGUCAACGUUGGUCUGGAGCUUGGUGGUAACGACCCCGCGUAUGUUCGGGAUGAUGUGGACGCCGCAUGGGUGGCGGAGGAGAUCGUUGACGGCGCUAUCUUCAACAGCGGGCAGAGUUGCUGUGCUAUCGAGAGGGUCUACGUGCACGAGAACAUCUACGACACUUUCAUCGCCGAAGUCAGGAAGGUUCUGAGCAACUACCGCGUCGGGGAUCCCCUCGAUAGGCAGACACAGAUCGGACCGGUGAUUUCACGGCGAGCCAAGGAAACGAUCAACUCUCACAUCUCUGAUGCUCUUAAGAAGGGCGCACGAGAUGAGACGCCUGCUAACGAGACGUUCGAGAAUCCACCUGCUGAUGGCAACUACAUCAAGCCUACGUUAUUGACGGGCGUGAACCACGACAUGGUUGUCAUGACGGAGGAGACCUUUGGGCCGGUGAUUCCUGUAAUGAGGGUAGCCAGCGACGAGGAAGCCAUCAAGCUCAUGAACAGCAGCGAAUUCGGAUUGACUGCCAGCGUGUGGACCAAGGAUGUAACCAAGGCCGAAGAUCUCAUCGAACAGAUCGAGGCUGGGACGGUCUUCAUCAACCGAUCGGAUUAUCCUAGCCCGGACCUUGCAUGGACAGGCUGGAAGAAUUCCGGACGGGGGGUGACUCUCAGCAAGUUCGGAUUCGAGCAGUUUGUCAAACUGAAGAGCUACCACGUCAAGGACUAUCCGAAAUGA